GAGGGAUAGUGCACCGAUUUGAGUUUUGAGACCACUGCUAGAGGAUAAUUUGCGAUCCAAGUUGUACACCUAGAGUUUCGUCUAUAACCAACAUUCGUUGGAGGUGCUUGACACAACGCGUGUCUGGGUCUUUCGACAAAAGAUGGUGACCACAAAUCGUUUGCCAAAGCUUGCUCGCGCGGCCGGAUUGGUGGUGACUGGGGCGAGUAUUUUCCGUCCUGUGGUGGUAACUCUAAGGCUCUCCCUAAUCCAUCUUCGGAACCAUAAUCCAAAAAGGAGAGAGAGAAGCAUGAUCAGGAUGCAUCUCGCGAUGGAUAAGGGUAAGCUACCUCUAACAAUUGCUCUCGACGGCAAGAACCAUCAGGUGGAGCAAGUGCAAAAAAUCGAGCAUUGUGGUUCAUCUGGCGAAGAUACAGCGGACACAAACGGCCGCGGCACCGCAGUCAAUUACGGUUACAGAUGUUAAUAGCCCAUAUCUUUUGCUUACUUAGAUCAUCACGUUCGCGUCCGAGGAGGGCCUCGACCUACAUCGACAUUCUCACUGGUAAAUUUUGCUCUCUGAGUACCGGAAAUGUUGAGAUGCAGCAAGGUAUUAAGAGUAGAAGCUGGUGAUGGUGGAUAAAUUAUGAAUUUACAGCUAUAUCAAUAUCUGUAUCUCUUCCUCUAAUUUAACGAAAAUGAUGUCGACCUUCGUGAGGACGAGCCCAGUACUUUCUCGAGCGCUUUAGAGCUGAUGGUCUUAACGGGUAUGGCUGACUUUUUUUGGGAUGGGGUCGGGUCAGCGUACCGAUUUGUUGACAACACCUGGAAAUCUGUUGCCAUGCAAUCUGAGGUUGUAGAAUUAAGGCUGUACAACUUAAUGAAUCAUGAUGCCUGAGUGAUCUAGAUCUUUGACUUUGACCGCAUCCCUGAAGAAAAGUAUGCUCCAUUAGCAUCGACCUCUGAAGAAAGUAUGCUCGAUCAGAAUACUCUCGUGCUAUUCGCAUUCCUGUUCGCAUUAUCUAUGCCUAGUGUUAUAUACCUACUCUAGUCUAACUCUUAUACAUCAACUCUUCAACUUCAACUUCAAGGGAUGCAGGAGUUGAAAGAUGAUCUACGGAGAGGUCUAACAGAAGAGGAGCCAACCACGUCCGGGCAGAACACUACGGGUUCUGGUGGAAGCAACUUUGUCUCCUCUGACGAUGAGGAUGCUGAAGACUCAUCUGCUCGCAGUGUGGAAACAUUCACUUACACAAGUCACGCUGCUGUGGCGGAGAACAAGACCGACGACAGCCACAUCACUCCCGGCUCGAGCACUUUGGAGACUGCGCGCGCCUGGAAGAAAAUCGAGGGCAUGGCUCAUACCGCUGCUAACUUCGUUCACAGCAAGGUUUCUACCGCCGUUGACACCUUCAUCUUCUCUAACAAGCGCGAUAUCAAAGCACGCAUCUUGGAGUUGGAGAUGCCGACACUAGACGCUGAGACUACUCGUCUGCCGCAGGACAAAAUCAACGCUGAGGCUGCUCUGGCGAAGGACAAAAUUAAUAAUGAUCUGCGGAAAAAAUUCAUCAAAGACGUCCUCUUUGAUGGCAAAACAAUCGACCCCACUCCGUCUAUGGAAGUGCCGGCUCGGGAGUACACCAUCAACACCAUGAAUCUCGAAAUCUUCAGGGACACUAGGUCUAGGAUAGACACUGAUAGAGGUUCCAUCAGAAUCGGCAGUAGCGAGUAUUCGGAUGACCUCGUCGAAACCAUCAUCAAAACAGGCAUCAUACAGGAACAGGAAUCAGGAGACAAGAACCAAAGAACCCUCAAGAUCAAGCCGAUAUUCCGAACAAUAGAGGCGCACGAUGAUGGGCCUUCAUCAACCCAUUUUCUCUCAGUAAUGAUCUACCACUCGAACACAGACGGUGUGGACUACUUUUACGCGCCUCAGGAUUUCUUCGAUAUUCGUGUACCGCACUAUCAAGAUAGUGGACCACUCGAAGAUGUAGCACUGCAACAAAGUAGGUACACGCAAUCCGAGCAGCUCCAAGAGGAAGUGUUCUUCUCACUGGUGCUGAACGGGGUCGUGGAGCUCGGGAAGAAGACCCGUGGAUCCGCGAUGGAGGGCGCUCCUCUGCAGAAUGAAGAGAAGCGCGAUGUUGCGGACUACCUCUUCACCUUGGUGACAAAUCCGCUUCGCAAUUUCAUCUUCUAUAGGGAUGACGGGCAUGAAAGCCACUCUCUGGACGUCAUAGAGAAAAAGAUCAAAAAGCAUCCGGAUCAGCGCAAGAAGUUUAUUGAAGAAGGCCUCUUUUCGGGCAAGGAACUCUACUCUCCAGAAGACAAUAAAGUGCCGCUGCAGGAGUACACCAUCAACGCAGGAAAACUUCAGGACUUCUACAACACUAAAAAGAGGGCAACUUCUACUAGUGGUAAUACUAACAAAAUGCAAUUCGGCAGCAAAGAAUAUGAAGAGAACUUCAUUAAGGCCAUCAUCGAAAAUGGCAUUCAACAACAAGCAGAAUCCGACUACACUCUGACGAAAGACAACCGCAUCUACAGAGUAGCAAAUAAAGAAUUCUCAAACGACUUUCCCCUACUCAGGAUCAAGCCAAUCUGGUCGAGCAUGGAGGUUGGCGGUGAGAACAGCGAUUUUCUGUGGGUGAUGUUGCACAGUCAGCAGAUAUUGGUGCCCAAAGGCAGCGAGGACGAGGAACACCCACUCAAAAUGUAUCCAUACUUCUUCGUUAGCCUCGACUAUGACCAGAACGAACGAAAGCCGAACUACCUCUAUCAACAAUUAGUAGGUCAUCGUCAGGAGGAUGCCGAAACCGAAAGUCAAAGUCAAAAUAUGUUCGUGCCGAAGUACACAAGGAAAAAGGACGUCGUUGAGGAAGGACGGCCGUCCGAGGAGCUCCGAGAGGAAAUCUUCUUCUCCCUAGUGCUGAAUAGGGUCAUUGAGAUCCAGGACCCACGACGUUAUCAGGCCGAAUCGCCGACUGGCAAGGUUCCUGAGUCACUCCUGAAGGACGAUGGCGAUCCAAUAGAACACUAACUCGAACAAUAUUUAUACGAUUCGGGUCGAUCGGAUUCGCAGACCUUUUUCCAGUUGAUAGUAUCACAACAGCUGCUCUUCACCUGGAAGUAGUAGUAGCAGUAGUCCUGUUCCGACAGAACUACAGCUACAACUUUCUAAAGUAGAACUUACAACCUUCCGAACAAAAACAUGGAGGAGAUAGCGGAUUCUAUGAGGAGAAGAGAACAUCUUGAGUCUCCAGUCAUCAUGAGAGCCCUUGGUUGAAGGAAUACAAUGUUUGGAAUACUCAACUUCAACAUGGUCGUGGCAGCGAAAACGCUUGCUAUUUCAUGUUCACAUAUGAACUCUCUCUACACUUCUUCUAACAUUUUCAUUCAAUGUUUUUUUUGCGAAAUGAAAAAAAAAUGAGCUCUUGAACUCAUUGGAAAUUUCUUAAAAACAUGUACAUGUAGUUUGAGCAUCAACGAACAUGUUGCGGCUAUCAACAUAGAAACUACAAAUACACGAUGGAUGUUUUUGUUGGAGCUGUUAGACCAAAACAAAGGGUCAAAUUAUGUGAACAGGAUUUUGGUUUUGCUGUUGCCCGCAGGACGUAUUAUGAGGCGAAUAUGGCUAUGCGAAUGCGAAACGACGUAUAACACAUCACAGUCACAC